UUUUAUUCUCUGUUGUCAGCUAAAAACGAAGCGUUUAUCCAAAGCGACAGUUUUAUUCACUCUGAGGGCGCUACAUUAUACAGUCAGUACAUGACAUCUAUUAAAAACUAAAUCAUUACAUAAAUGUUGAAAUCUAUUAAAUCGCUAUAUAAACUGAUCAGUUUAAUUUGUGAUAGUGUAAUUUGAGUCGCUUUGAGUAAAAACUUAUGCCAAAUAGAUAAUAUAAAUGAAUAUAAAACCAAAAGUUACUAUGUUUUCAAAGUAGUACGUUCCUCAAAAUAAAACCAAUAUUUUGUAAUUAAUAGCACGAUUUUCUUAAGUAUUUUCAUGAAAUAUAGUUAUUUAUAAUCGUAAUGGGAAAUACGUUAUUGUGAAUUUGUAAAAAUAAAGUAGGCUACUUGAUGCUCGUUCAUGAUAUUAUGCUGAUUAUUAAGUUGUUCAAGAUCAUCCAUGAGACUCGUGUAUGUUUGCCAGAUGACUGUGUAGGCUAAAUCAGUUAUGAACUUAUGAUGUUUGUUUUCAUGUAUUAAUUUAAUAAUGUCACUCACAAUCCUCAGGAUCUGUAACGUUAGAAAAACAUGUUUUCUUUCUGCGGUAGUCGUUCACACCAAGAGCGACUAUAAAUACACCAGUGAACUAUAGCUGCUUUGGGGCAGACUAUGAUAACCUUCAAAGACGAGAGGAGUUUGGAGAAUCUGUCACUGCUUUGUGACUUAUCCGAAUGAGUCAGUUUCAGUUUCUGUUGUUCUCGCAUUUACACGACUUUACCAGCAGAUGUCCUCAGCAUCCAUGUUUCCAGUUCAUCCAAACAGUGAAUCUAACCCUAAUCAAACACACCUGAAGCAGCCAAACUCCUCAAGAUUGCGUGAAAAUACACAGGCAGGUGUUUCCAGUGUUGGUGCUGAUGGACUGUCAGCAUUUGUGAUGGAUGGAGAUUCAGUCACUCUACGCACUGAUGUUGAAACAAAACAACAAGAAGAUAUAAAAUGGUAUUUUAAUGACACCAGAAUAGCUCAAAUGACUGGAGAUCUCAGUGAUAUCUGUACAGAUGUUCAGUGUAAUGAAGGCACUGAGAGAUUCAGAGACAGACUGAAGCUGGAUCAUCAGACUGGAUCUCUGACCAUCACAGACACCAGAAACAUUGACUCUGGAGAUUAUGAAUUAAAGAUCAUCAGCAUCAGAAGAAGCAUUGAAAAGACUUUCAGUGUUAUUGUUCAUGGUGUUCCUGCUGCUGAACGAGAUGAAAUGAAGAGAAAGUCAGUGAAGGAGGGAGAAUCUGUCACUUUAGAUCCUGGUGUCAUGAAAAACACAAAUGAUUUGAUGACGUGGCAUUUUAAUGACCUCUGCAUCGCUGAAAACAGUGAAGAACCCAGAAAGAUCUUCACAGAUGUUCAGUGUAAAGAUGGCGAUGAGAGAUUCAGAAACAGACUGAGACUGGAUCAACAGACCGGAUCUCUGACCAUCAUGAACAUCACAAUCACAGACUCUGGAGUUUAUGAGCUAAAGAUCAUCAACAGCAGUUUCAGCAUCAUUAGGAGCUUCAGUGUUACCGUCACUGAUUCAGGUCUGUCUUUGGCUGCUGUAGCAGGAAUAUGUGCUGCUGCUGUUGGAGUUCUGCUGCUAGUGACUGUAACUCUUUGUUUACUGUAUCGUUCAGUAGGAAGGAAAGACAGCAUCAUUAAACAGAUGCAGCACAAUGAUCAGGCGAAUGGUGUUAAUGAUUUGUCACCUAAUCAGAGUGACAUUCCACUGAUGCUCUAGUGACGAACACUACCAAUGACUUGUCCCCUAAUCACAUUGAGAUUGAGCCUGCGGCUGCCAGUGAGAUUUAACAUUAUUCAUUAUUUUGAUACGUUCGUGGAAAUGAAGAGAGGAUGGGAAACGAGAGAGAUUUUGUCAUUUCCAAUUCUCUCUUCAUCAUAAGACAAUCUCUUGUUGCUCAGAAAAUAGUGCCAUCAUACCAAGAUUUUAGGAGUUAGGAGUCAACACACUAGUUUCUAGAACUACAUUGUAAGAUUUAUGAAUGCCAGUUAUUUUGUUUCGUUUGGGGACAUUCACUUAUAGCUUGAACAGCUGCAACAGAAAAGAGCAUGUACACAAAUGUGCUCUUUUCCAAGACCGCUGUAAGUCAAACAACAGGUAUUGCGGUUUAGUCUGUACUACUGACGCCGUAAGUGUUGUUUAAUUGAUAUUGAUGUUAAUUGAAAAGACUGAUAUUAUGUUGUUAAUGUACCGAGCAUUUUUUUUUUUUUUUUAAUCUUAAUGGCAGCUUGCUGGAUAAAAUCAACCAUCUUUAUACUAGAACACCAAACCAGAGUUAAAAAUCAUAUCACCAUUAUUGAAAAAAAUGUAUCACGAUACAUAUUGAUAUUGAAUUAUUGUCCAGCCCUUGGUUUUAUUAGUGACAAUUUCUCAAUAUUUUUUUAUACAACAUUGAACCACAAUUUCUUUAAUAAAAUACACACACUAUUUUUAAUUAUCACCUUAAGUUUUUAAAUGAAAAUUACAAGACCCAGGUUAUUAUUUAUUUAUUUUUUGCAGUGCACUGAGAGUGUUUAUUAUGUUCCAUGCCUUUAUGAAUAUAAUGUGGGUUGUGCUUGAAUGAUGAAAACACCGGGGCCCGGUUUCACAGACAGGGUUUAGACUAAACCAGGAUUAGGCCAUAGUUCAAUUAGGACAUUUAAGUCAUUUUUAUAAACAUGCUUAGAAAAAAAAAACAUUACUGGUGAGCAUCUUGAGACAAAACAAAGGCACUGAUAUAUUUUAAGAUCAGUCAGUGCAAGUUUAUCUCAGUGAAACCAGGGGCUAAUCUUUGAAAUGUGAAAAGGAAUCACAGUGAAACAAUAACAUAUUUUUGUUUGGUAUGUGCUGAACAAGACAACACUUUUUAAAGCAUACUGUACCCCUAUGUAUACUGCCCAUUUGUGGCGGCAUUAUAGAAAGCGCAUCAUGCAGAGACUUAAUGUAGCUUAUGAUGAUGGUAUGCGAUUGCUGCUUAAGGUGCCACGAUGGAGCAGUGCAAGACAAAUGUUUGUCAGUGCUGGUGUGCCUACCUGCGCUGCUGUGAUGCGUAAUCUCAUGUAUGUAUGUGUAGAUAAUCAGAAUCUGUAAAUAGUAUCAUUUUAACACUGACGAACUCGGCACUAAGGCUUUUUUCAAAUAUGUGGAAUCAUUGGCGUUUUAGUAAAUAUGACACACGUAAAUAUGAGAUAUUGUGGAUUCUGUGUAUUUGUAAGUUGUUAUUGUCGUGUCUUUGUUUGGUCCGAGUGUGUCCUUAAUAAAGUUUUGAUGAUAUGGUCUUUGCGAACGUGAUAUUUUAUGAAGUGCUGCUGAUUAGUUUAGCUCACUGCCACAUUUUCAUUUUUAUUUUAUUUUAUUGUUUUUGUGUGUAUGCAUGAAUCAUCUGAUUUUGUAUUUUUGUACAUUUUUAUACAUUUUAUACAACUUGAAAGAUUUGUUUUCUGCAAUAAAUGUCAAACAUUUGAUUAACUCAA